AUGUCAUAUAACUUUGAAUCGGAAUUAUCUACAGCAUUUGAAAAGCUACUUCAAACAGAAAAAGAUUACAAUGUUAUCAUUUAUGUUGGAAAUGAACCAAAUUUUAAGGAAGUUCAUGCGCAUUCCAACGUGCUAUAUUGUAGAUCCGAAUACUUUAAUGAAUUGCUUUCUACUGAAGAUAUCGAGAGAGAAGAUGGAAAGUAUAUAAUUAAGAAACCAAAUCUUACUCCUCAAGCUUUUGACGUCAUUCUCAAGUAUCUUUAUACUGGACAUUUCGAUUUCAAAAAUAAUGUUGAAAUGGAGCUUUUAAACAUUAUGAUUGCUUCUGAUGAAUUCAACAUGAUCAUGAAUAUUAAAAGUCUUGAGGCACGUUAG